CCGCAGGAGGCGGAGCCCUCCGACGCCAAUCCUAUAUAAGGGCAGCGCCGGGCGGUGCCAGCUGAGGUGUGAGCUGCUUCCCGAGACGGUGGCUUGGAGACCGGGAGCCCGGCGCGGAUUCACGGAGCCAGCGAGACCCUCAGAGGAGCCGCAGGUGCCAUGGCGGAACCGUCCAGGGAUGCCCAGCAGAUCCCGCGUGGCAGCAAGGCUUGCCGCCGCCUCUUCGGCCCCGUGGACAGUGAGCAGCUGCGCCGAGACUGUGAUGCACUGAUGGCCAGCUGCGUGCAGGAGGCGCGGGAGCGAUGGAACUUCGACUUUGUCACUGAGACACCGCUGGAGGGCGACUUUGCCUGGGAGCGCGUGUGGGGUCUGGGCCUGCCCAAACUCUACCUGCCUCCGGGGCCCCGGGAUGACCUGGGAGGGGGCAAGCGACCCAGCCCCUCGCCUGCCCUGCUGCAGGGGACCGGUCAGGAGGACCACCUGGACCUGUCGCUGUCCUGCACCCUCAUGCCUCAUGCCCCUGAGCGGCCCGAGGGGUCCCCAGGGGCGCCUGGCACCUCUCAGGGCCGAAAACGGCGGCAGACCAGCAUGACAGAUUUCUAUCACUCCAAACGCCGGCUGAUCUUCUCCAAGAGGAAGCCCUAAUCCACCCACUGGAAGCCUCAAGCUCCUAGAAAUGAGGGGUCCCCCCCCAACCCCUCCGCCCUCCCCUUCUACACCUUUUGCCUUUAGCCCUCCAGUUGUACGUCUUAAUUAUUAUUUGUGUUUUAAUUUAAACUCCUCCUCAUGUAUAUACCCUGCUUGCCACCACCCUCCCCCCACUCCUCCCCAGCCUUUGGCAUUUAGAAUUAUUUAAAAAACCAUUAGACAGCAGAAUGAUAGGCUUAUUAGAGUGCUAGGUAUUUUUAUUAUGCGAGCUAUUAUUUAAGAUGUCUUCAUCCUGUGCUCCCCACUUCCGCUCUCCCAGAGGUAAGGUGGGGCUGGCCUGACCCUCUCCUGCUGGGUGGUGCUCUCUGGAGGAGCCCGGCUCCUUCUGCUCACCGCCUCAGAGGUGUUAUGAAAUUCCACCCCUUUCCUGCAUUCCCAAACCCGGAUUCUUUAUAAUUUGAGAAGUAAAUAGAUAGCACUUUGAAGGGGGCUCAGCAGGGUGGGGGCAUCAUCAAAACUUUGGAGUCCCGUCACCUUCUCUAAGGUAGGGCAGGGUGACCUGUGGGCACAGCCUGGAACACGGCUGGGGACAUGGCACUCUCUCCUGGCCCUUGAUGCCCCACUCUGUCCUGUGAAGGCAUGGGGGAAGGUAGGGUCCCGUAGCAAACCACCCCACCUCCCCUCACCCCCUCUGCCACCCACAGGGGAGCCAGUCUCAAUGUUUGGCCUCCCCUGCACUUUUCUAGAAGCCCCAGAUGCCCUUCUUUUCCAGCUGGGCUUUCAGGUCCCCUCUCUGCUCCCCUCCCCUCCCUCAUGCCCUUUUCCUCUAGUACCCUCUCAGCCCUGGGUGGCAGCUCUGGGGUGCCUGUCCCCCCAGCUCAGUGGACUGGGAGGGGAAGGGGUAUGCUAGAAGUGGGGGGGCAGUUCUACCUCAGGCAGUUCAAGGGGCGACCACCUCCUCCUCUUACCUCCUGGGGCAGAGGUCCUGGGUUGUCAGAUAGGUCUUCUUGAGUAGGGAAUCUCUGUCAGGGGUAUGUUGUGGGGGGGAGCUUAUUUUUCUAGGAGGGAGAGGGUGACCCCAGCCCCUGGAACUCACCCAAGGACUUUCCCCACUGCCCCACCCCCUCUUCCCCCCAUUUCAUUGCACUUUGAAUAGCAGCUGAACAAGGAGUCAGAUGUUUUAAGAUGGUGGGGGUAGAGGCUGUGGAGAGGGCAUACUAAGUGGGCUAAUAUGGGCCUGGGAGUUGUGAGCUCUUGUCUUUCCUGGCACUGAACAUUGAGCCCUGGAGGCACCGAAGCACUUAGUGGGUCUGACCCCAGACACCUUAAGCUCCUGUAACAUCCUGGCCUGGACUGUUUCCUCCUGGCUCCUCGUGUGUCCUGGUUCUCCUGUCUCCACCUAGACUGUAAGCCUCUGAAGGGCAGGAACAAGUCCUAUACUGCUCUAUGUCCUUCACAGCCCCUCCCACAAUGCUGGGUAUACAGCCGGUGCUCAAUAAAUAUUUCUUAGUGACUUUA